UGGAGGCACAUGGCUCCACGCACGGACACUCCCCUCCAUGUUGAACUUGUGUAGCUAGCUCCAGCUCAGACCAGCAGUCAGUCAGUCAACAGUGGGUCCGGCUGCCGCAUGGCUACUGUGUAAACUUUCCUCACCAACAAGUGGAAACUGGGGCAAAGAGGACGCGCGGAGAAGCCGAGGGACAACACUGGGAAGAGUCUUCCUAUGUGUCGUGAACCUGUGCUUCGCUGACCAAAAGUGUUGUUCCCCCACUCGUGCAUGUUCAAACCAGAGGAGAGCUCUGGUGCCGUGUGUCGGCCAGACAACUAGUACAAACGAGUGGCAACAGCAGGCAUGAUUUUGAGACGGGGCUCGGUGGUUGCUGCCUUUUUACUCUGCUUUCUUGUCAAGGUGUCAGAGGGAUCUGGACAAUUCGAGUUGCAACUCUUAUCUAUGCACAAUGUGAACGGAGAGCUGCUGAACGGCAUGUGUUGCGACGGCACACGGAACACGGCGGAUAGAAAGUGCACGCGGGACGAGUGCGAUACGUUUUUUAAAGUUUGCCUGAAGGAAUAUCAGUCGAGAGUUUCCGCUGCAGGGCCCUGCAGCUUCGGAGUGGGAUCUACGCCUGUCCUCGGAGGGAAUACAUUUUCUUUCAAGAGCUCUGUGAGGAAUGACAAAUCCAGGAUAGUUUUGCCCUUCAGCUUUGCCUGGCCGAGGUCCUAUACGUUGAUAGUGGAAGCCUUGGACUUAAACAAUGAAACUAGUGGUGCAGAUGGAAAAUUAAUAGAGAAAGCCUCACAUUCUGGUAUGAUCAACCCCAGCCCACAUUGGCAGAAGUUGACUCACAAUGGCCCUGUGGCCCAGUUUGAGUACCAGAUCCGGGUCACUUGUGACGAGCACUACUAUGGAUUCGGCUGCAACAAGUUUUGUCGGCCACGAGAUGAGUUCUUUGGACAUUACACAUGUGACUACAAUGGAAAUAAAACCUGUCUGGAAGGCUGGUCUGGACCUGACUGCAACACAGCUAUAUGUCGACAAGGCUGCAGCACUGAACAUGGAUCAUGUAAGGAACCAGGUGGAUGCAAGUGCCUUUAUGGCUGGCAGGGCCAGUAUUGUGACAAAUGCAUCCCUCACCCAGGAUGUGUGCAUGGCACUUGUGUGGAGCCCUGGCAGUGCCUAUGCGACACCAACUGGGGCGGUCAUCUUUGUGAUAAAGAUCUGAACUACUGUGGCACUCACCAGCCAUGCUUGAACGGUGGAACGUGUAUCAACACAGGGCCUGACAAGUACCAGUGUACGUGCGCUGAAGGUUACUCUGGUGCCAACUGUCAGAGAGCGGAACAUGCCUGUCUGUCCAAUCCAUGCUCUAAUGGAGGGAGCUGUUCGGAAACCAGUCAAGGCUAUGAAUGUCAGUGUGCGCUCGGCUGGAGCGGCUCCUCCUGCACUAUUAAUGUUGACGACUGCUCUCCAAACCCCUGUAACCAUGGAGGUACCUGCCAGGACCUGGUCAAUGGUUACAAAUGCCACUGUCCCUCACAGUGGACAGGAAAGACUUGUUUGAUAGAUGCCAAUGAAUGUGAUAGCAAGCCCUGUGUCAAUGCCAACUCGUGUCGCAACCUGAUUGGUGGAUACUUCUGUGAAUGUCUCCCUGGCUGGAUGGGGCAGAACUGCGACAUCAAUAUAAACGACUGCAAGGACCAGUGCCAGAAUGGGGGAACUUGUAAGGACUUGGUAAACGGGUAUCGCUGUGUGUGCCCCCCUGGCUUUGCUGGCGAGCACUGCGAGAGAGACAUCGAUGAGUGCGCUAGCUCACCAUGUCUGAACGGCGGCCGUUGUCAGGACGAAGUGAAUGGAUUCCAGUGCCUAUGUCUGGCUGGCUUCUCAGGAAAUCUCUGCCAGCUGGAUAUCGAUUACUGCUUGCCCAACCCAUGUCAGAACGGAGCGGCCUGCUUCAACCUGGCCACAGACUACUACUGUGCUUGCUCAGAGGACUACGAGGGCAAAAAUUGUUCUCACCUUAAAGACCACUGUCGCACCACCACAUGUAAAGUGAUCGACAGCUGCACAGUCGCAGUGGCAUCCAACAGCACACCCGGAGGAGAGCGUUACAUUUCGUCAAAUGUGUGCGGACCUCAUGGCCGUUGCCGGAGCCAGGCCGGAGGACAGUUUAGCUGUGAAUGCCAGGAGGGCUUCAGAGGCACCUACUGUCACGAGAACAUUAACGACUGUGAGAGUAACCCAUGCCACAAUGGAGGCACUUGCAUUGACAAAGUCAGCGUGUACCAGUGCAUCUGUGGCGACGGCUGGGAGGGCGACCACUGUGAAAUCAAUAUAGAUGACUGCAGCACCAACCCCUGUCAUAAUGGAGGGACAUGUCGAGACCUGGUGACUGACUUUUUUUGCGAGUGUAAGAAUGGCUGGAAGGGAAAGACAUGCCACUCCCGUGAGAGUCAGUGCGACGAAGCCACGUGCAACAACGGUGGCACCUGCCACGAUGAGGGAGAUACGUUCCAGUGCAAGUGCUCGCCAGGGUGGGAGGGUACGACGUGCAACAUAGCCAAGAAUUCAAGUUGUCUUCCAAACCCGUGUGAGAAUGGAGGUACAUGUGUCGUGACUGGGGAGUCAUUCACCUGCGUCUGCAAGGAAGGCUGGGAAGGUCCCACAUGCACCCAGAAUACCAACGACUGCAGUCCCCACCCAUGCUACAACAGUGGAACCUGUGUGGACGGGGAUAACUGGUACCGCUGUGAGUGCGCCCCAGGCUUCGCGGGUCCAGACUGUCGGAUCAAUAUAAAUGAGUGCCAGUCAUCCCCAUGUGCCUUUGGCUCCACUUGUGUGGAUGAGAUCAACGGGUAUCGCUGCUUGUGUUCAGCAGAUAGGACUGGACCCCACUGUCAAGAAAUCACAAGAAAACCUUGCUCUGUUAAUGGACACAUCACCCCAGAUGGAGUCAAAUGGGAUGAAGACUGCAACACCUGCCACUGUUCCAAUGGGAAAGUUUUGUGCACAAAGAUGUGGUGCGGCCCCUUGUCAUGCACACUGGGUGCCAAAGGUCAAGGUAGCUGUCCCUUAGGUCAGAGCUGCAUCCCCAUCAGAGAGGGCCACUGCUUUGUGAAGCCCUGUCACGACAUAGGAGAGUGCUCCAACCCUCCCCCACCUCCCAUCAAAUGCCACCCCAGCUCCAGUUACCCGGACAACAGCUGCGCCAACAUCACCUUCACCUUCAACAAGGAGAUCAUGCCUCGAGGCUUGACUGUGGAGGAAGUGUGCAAGCAGCUGAGGCACUUGUAUGUAGUGAAGAAUUUCUCCUUGGAGCAUUCUGUGUCCAUAACUUGUGACCCCUCAUUCUCAGCCAGCAAUGAGAUCCACGUCUGCAUCUCUACAGGAGACCAUCGCUUGGACCGGAGCCCCAUUAAAGAGAUCACAGACAGGAUAAUCGACUUGGUUAGCAAACACAAUGGGAACAACACCAUAAUCUCUGCCAUUGCAGAAGUGCGCAUGCCAAGCCCCAGCAAAACUGAUUACCUUGUGCCCCUCCUCAGCUCCAUCUUCAUUGUCAUCUGGGUCCUUGUGCUGGUCUUCAUUUUGCUGUGGUGCGUGCGCCGUCGGCGGAAGCAGAGCAACCACAACGGCGCCUCGUCCGCCGUCUCCGAGGACAACACGACCAAUAACGUGCGGGAGCAGCUUAACCAAAUCAAGAACCCGAUAGAGAAGCAUGUGGGCCUCACAGUGGCCAUCAAAGACUAUGAAAACAAGAACUCCCUCAUUGCCAAAAUUAGGACAAACAAUCCUGAGGGGGAUGAGGAUGACAAGGAGAGGCACUUGCAGAAGGGCCGCUUUGCCAAACAGCCAGCAUACACACUGGUGGAGAGGGAUGAGAAAACGCCCAUUUCUAAUCCCAAUUCCACAUGCAAACACCCUAAUUGGACUAAUAAACAGGACAACAGAGACUUGGAGACAGCUAACAGCAUAAACAGGAUGGACUACAUUGUAUAGCAGACAGCUGUGUUGCUGUGCAACCAAGCCUUAUGCCUUCACACCCCAGUGGUGGGUGAAAUGGGGGAGCUCUUUGGCAUGAUUACUUUGUAAACUUUCAUGUCAGUCGUGACCCCACAGUAUUUUCAGAUAUUCCCCGUGUUAAUUUAAGUUUUGACAAGCUGGCUUACACUGGCAGUGACAGUUGCUUUGGUUGGCUGGAAACACAAGGCACUGGUAUACAUUUCAUGGUAGAACUAGUUGCAAAUGUAUCUUCCUAUGCAUUUCAUUUGUCUUUUUUUUAUUAUUAUUAUUAUUAUUAUUAUUAUUAUUUUGUGGACACAUGGAAGGGGCUCCUGGUGUAAUUGUUGUACAAUGACUAAAAACUACCCGACGUGUUCAACACUAGAGCAAAUAAUUUUUUGUUUGUGUUUUAAAUUCUUUCUAGUUCCAUUUGGAGAAAGUGCCUUUUUCAGCUUUAGACUUCAGCAACUGUCAAAUGAAAAAAAAAAAAAAUCAACUUUAUUAUUUAUUUUUAUUUUUUGGGUGGGAUGGGGAGGGAAAGGUUCAGUGUCAGCAGUUGCUGCCAAUAUGAAGAAUUUAUGUCGAUUUAGAACGUGUAGAUAUGUACAUUUUUUUUAUUAAUCAUUGUGUAUAUUUGAUUUAUUAACUUAAUAAUCAAGAGCCUUAAGAUAUCAUUCCUUUUUAUUUAUGUCUAGUUCGAAGGUUUUGAUAGCUAUGGAAGCCUACCAUUUCUUUCAGUGACUUAAUGUUUUUUUUCCCAACAAAUUCUAUUAAAGCCGAAUUUCAAAGACGACAAAAGAUAGGCACUUUGGGCCUGAAAGAAAUCCUUUUUGUGUGUUCUUCCACACGUUUGACAUUUCACUAUUUGUAGCCAGGACCUUGAUUGAAGGCAAGUGAGGUUAGGACAACAAACUAUCAGGGCUGCUGCGAAGGAUGGCCAUGGUGGCAGACAUAUUGCUUGCCAUUAAUGGACAAAUAUGUAAGGGAACAAAAGUCCUUCAGCAGCGUCAUUUUAACCCAUUGACAUAUUUCAAAGGCUGUCAAAAUCCACCAACUUGCAAUGCAAGUCACAUCAAUAGACAUGCCAGAAUUCCCAUCUGCUUUAGUCAGCGUAAUAUCAUAAGCUAGACCACGAGUACUUGAAUAGUAAGGGGGGCGAUGGGAACACUGUAGAAUCAGAUAAAAUACACUGCCUUGCUCUGCAAGAGUCUGCUUUGUUUCUGUGCACAUUUGUUUCUUUUUAAAAUUGAGGCUCUGAAAGACAAACAUGUUUUAUCUCAUUUGUUAACCCUUUGAGAUCAUGGCAACAUUUUUGUCCUAUUUUUGACUUUGUGUUAUGAACUUGAGAAUUAUGUGUUGAUCUGGCAAUAUAUUUUUGAAAGUCAUAUUUAUUAAAUAUUUUGUAUGAAAAGAGAAUUAAAGUUGUCUUUUCUGGA